AGUGCUGUGUCUUUAGUCGUCGGUGCGUCGCGCGCUGCCGCUGCAGUUUGCAUUUCGCUCGCGCUCAGAGGAGGAACAGGAGAGAGCGAGAGGAGCUCUUCUUCUUUUCUUCUUUCUCUUCUUUUUUCAUCUUCUUCACUGUGGACUCUUGACUCUUUUUGAUCUUCUUUCACACCGGAUCAUUUGUUUCUUCUUCUUCUUUUUUUCCCCCUCUCUUGAUUCGCACUCACGCACGUUAACGGGAGAAACCUGAGUAAAGAAGAAGAAAAAAACCCGGAGCGGAGCUAACCACCGGGGAGACCGAGAGGAGCGUGUGCGCGCGUGCGUGUGCGCGUGUGUGUGUGUAAGAGUGUGUAAGCGGAUCGGUGUGUAUCUGGAGUCUGCACCGGUGGGAUGUCGGUGGCGGUCUUGACGCUCGUGACUCGUUAAUGGGACCGGAACUUGAGCAUCAAUCUUCAUCAUCUGUCUCAUCCUCAUCAUCCUCCUCAUCAUCAUCCGCGCGCACAAGGAACAAGCUGAGACUCAGCGUCUGGGAUGAUCCUCAGCGUGGGUGGACAUACAGCGUGAAGUGAACCACCACUUCAUCUACUUCAAAUUUCCAUCCUUAGAACUAAAACGUCGAAGCUUUUGGGAAAAAAAGGACUCUGAGCAGGACGUGGGCGAGAACGGACAGGAUGUGGGACGGUUUGAGAGUGCAGGUGUUCUUCUUGUGUUUAAUAGCGACACUGUGGAUUACGGCAGCGUCUCGAGGCCCUCAGGAACACGGACAUCGCCGGCGUCUCUCUUCCUACAGACACAGAGAGAGACGAAAGGAUGGACACGUGCUCCAUCGCUCCAAACGAGGAUGGGUGUGGAAUCAGUUCUUCGUCAUCGAAGAGUACACGGGUCCUGAUCCUGUCCUUGUAGGCCGGCUUCACUCCGAUGUGGACACAGGGAAUGGCAACAUCAAAUACAUUCUCUCAGGUGAAGGCGCCGGGACCAUUUUCGUUAUUGAUGAUAAAACAGGCAACAUCCAUGCGACGAAGACGCUGGACCGUGAGGAACAAGCGGAGUACACACUCACCGCUCAGGCCGUCGCCCGAGACACCAACAAACCUCUAGAGCCUCCAUCUGAAUUCAUUGUGAAGGUCCAGGACAUCAACGACAACCCGCCCGAGUUCCUGCAUGGACCGUACUACGCUCGCGUGGCUGAGAUGUCCAACGUUGGUACAUCAGUGAUUCAGGUCACGGCUACAGACGCAGACGACCCGACGUACGGAAACAGCGCUCGGCUCGUCUACAGCAUCCUUCAGGGACAACCUUACUUCUCAGUGGAACCUCACACAGGGAUUAUCCGCACUGCGCUGCCCAACAUGGACCGAGAGGCUAAGCAGGAAUAUGAUGUGGUCAUUCAGGCAAAGGACAUGGGGGGUCACAUGGGUGGUCUCUCGGGGACAACACAGGUGAAGAUCACGCUAACGGACGUCAACGACAAUCCUCCCAAGUUCGCACAAGGUGUGUAUUCAAUGUCAGUGAUGGAAGAUAAAGUGCCAGGAGAGGAGGUGGGCCGUCUGAAGGCUAGAGAUCUGGACUUGGGAGAGAAUGGACUGGUGGAAUACACACUGCUGGAUGGAGACGGAAUGAACACUUUUGAGAUCAGCAAAGACUCAGAGACUCAGGAGGCUGUCAUCAAACUAAAAAAGCACGUGGACUUUGAAACAAAGCGGUCGUACACGCUGAAGGUGGAGGCGACAAACCCGCAUGUGGACCCUCGAUUCAUCAGCUGGGGGCCGUACAAAGACACGACAGUGGUGAAAAUCUCUGUGGAGGAUGCCGACGAGCCGCCGACCUUCAUGGCUUCUGUUUACAGUUUCGAGGUAGAAGAGAACGCACCGGGGGGAACCGUGGUGGGACGAGUACACGCCAAGGAUACCGAUAUGGCCAACAGCCCCAUCAGAUAUUUAAUCCCUCGCUACACAGAUCUGGAGGAGUUUUUCUCCAUUAACCCCGAGGACGGCAUCAUCAAAACCACGAGGCCUCUAGACCGGGAGACUCAGGCUUGGCACAACAUCUCCGUGAGCGCUACAGAGAUCGGUGGACAUCAUCAAGAUACUAAAGUACGAGUGAACAUUAAAGUAAAGGAUGUUAACGACAAUGCUCCGGAGUUCGCCACUCAGGAUGAAGUGCUCAUGUGUGAAAAUAUCAAUCCCGGAACGCCCAUAAAGACAGUGAGUGCAGUGGAUAAAGACGAAAUGGCACACCGGCAGCAUUUUCACUUCAGCCUCUCUCCCAAAGUGGCCAAUAACCAUAACUUCUCUCUGAAGGACAACAGAGACAGUACAGCUACAAUUGUUUCAAUCCGGAAAAGUUACAGUAGGUCGACCCAGGAUGUUUACGCUCUGCCCAUCGAAAUCAGCGAUAACGGAGUGCCUCCUCUCAGCAGCACCAACACGCUCCUGAUCCGCGUGUGCAGCUGCGACAGCAAGUACAACAUCCUGUCCUGUAACGUGGAACCGUUAUUCCUGCCAGCGGGCCUCAGCACCGGCGCACUCAUCGCCAUCCUCGCCUGCAUCGUCAUCCUGCUGGCGAUCGUGGUGCUCUUCGUGGCGCUGCGACGUCAGAAGAAAGAACCUCUAAUCGUGUUCGAAGAGGAGGACAUCCGUGAGAACAUCAUCACCUAUGAUGAUGAGGGCGGAGGUGAGGAGGACACGGAGGCUUUCGACAUCGCCACACUGCAGAAUCCCGACGGAAUCAACGGCUUCCUGCCUCGCAAAGACAUCAAACCCGAGCUGAGCUACAGCAUCCGUGCCGGACUGAGACCCGGCGGCAACGGCGUCGAUGUGGACGAGUUCAUAAAGACGCGAGUGUGCGACGCAGACAACGACCCGACGGCACCUCCGUACGACUCCAUCCAGGUGUAUGGCUAUGAAGGGCGGGGCUCCAUCGCCGGAUCUCUGAGCUCACUGGAAUCGGUGACCACAGAUUCGGACCUGGACUACGACUACCUCCAGAACUGGGGGCCACGUUUCAAAAAACUCGCUGACCUGUACGGCACCAAAGACUCGGCAACCGAAGACAACUCUUAACGACGGAUCACGUUCGUCUUCUCAAAAAAUAAAAUAAAAAUAAAAAUUAAUAAAUAAAUACACGCCCAUCCAAAACACCUCCCCUCUCCCCCUUUUCCAUCACUUCCACUAACGACGUGUGCUGUGUGACGUUUACUAUAAGCAAUUCCACGACUUUCAUCUAUUUAGGUCGUAUUUUCGUUCCAGUAUACGUCCAGUAUACUUCCAGGAAUCUUUUACGUAGGCGUGAACGGAACUAAUGGAGCAGAGAAAAAGAGAAAAAAAAUAAAUAAAAGGAAUUUAAAAAAAUAUAU